UAAACAUUAACAAUACUUCCGCCGUUUCAUACAAAAACAUUUUUUUUUGCUUAAAUUUCGACAAUAGUAAAUAAAAAUAUUAAAAAAUGUCUGUACAAUUAAAUUUUAGCACAACUACAGAAUAUGAACUUAUAGAAUAUCCUGGAAUGGUUAAAAAUAUAGAAAACAUGAUAAGCACAUUGGGUGGUAUAAACAAAAUAUCAAGGGCAUUGGGAGGUGAUACUAAACGUUUGGAGUUGCGUUACCAUCCAGAUAAUCCAUUUAACAAGCCCAUCUGUGGUGAGAGUAAUAAACGUGCGGGUCUUUUAUUAUCUGUUAAAGUGAGAAGAUCAAAACGUGACCCUAAUAAGCCUCCACAAUAUACCAUCAAAAUUAUGGGCUAUAUAAAUAAAAGCUUUACGUUUGAAUCUCUGUGUGAUUUUCAAUAUUUACCAUUAGCUUCAGAUGUCAAAUCUUCUAAUGGCGAAUUAAAAAAUGUCUUGGAUACCAUAGUACCGAAAUCAGUAAUUGAUUUUGAUUAUUUCAAACGUCAGGAUGUGCAAUUAAUGUCGCUGCCAACAAUGUUCGCCCGUUCAGAUGUUGUGCAUACAACGAUCUUUCGCGGUGAUUUUUCCAAAGAAGAUGGUCAAAAUGAAACUUUAGGCGUUUUAAGUAAAUCUAGUUAUGAAAGUCGUGAUAUUGUUACCUUCAGUAUGGUUGAUGCAUUUCCCACCAGACCUGAUUCGCAAAUUUUAAAGAAAAUGAAAGUGAAAUAUGUAUCCGAUGAGCAGUUGCAAAAAGUUAAAAAGCUCUUCGAAGAAUGUCCCAUUUGGACCCGCAUAGCAUUGCUUUAUGAGUCUGGCGUGUCGCACGAUAAACUUAAAUGUAUAACACCCUCAUUGGCUUAUUAUUUCACUACUGGGCCAUGGCGUACUAUGUAUGUACGCUAUGGCUAUGAUCCACGUAAAGAUUUUAAUUCACGUUACUAUCAAACAUUUGAUUUUCGUUUGAGAUUUAGAUCGGGUGUAUCGGAAUUUGUUUCAGAUCGCAAAACAACGAUAAAGAAGCUACAAGAGAAUCCUUAUGAAAUAAAUGCUUUAGUACAAGAUAUCAAUUAUCCCUAUUUUGAUGAACAUAAAUUACCCAGAUCCAGACAAUGCAUGAUGAGGUAUUGUGAUAUACGCAUUAACAAAAUUCAAGAAAUGUUAGAGAAAAUACCUUCUCCCAUGGCGGGUGCUAUAUGCAAUGAACGUACCGGCUGGUUACCGCAGGGAUUUGAUGGACAAGUGCGCCAGAUUGUAAGUAAUUCCAUAAAGGAAUUAUUAAAAAAUUACUAUCGUAAAGAACAAAUUCAUGCAGAAGUGGAUUCAUAUGAAAAUGAGGAACACGAAGAUGCCGACGAUGACGAGGUGGAGGAAGAUGAUGAAGAAAUGGAUGAUAGCGUGAUGAAUGACGAACAAUUGGUUGAAAUUUUAGAUGAAAUGCAACUAGAAGGUGAAGGAAACGCGUAAACAAAACACUUAUGUACAU